AUGGAUCACUUUAAGGCAUUUUCCAUUUAUAUUUGUCUUCAUAGGCACGUUUACCCUACUGAACAAUACUCUGGCACUGACAGAUACUUCAUCACAGAGAGUAGCAAUGUAUGGAACUGGAUCAGAAACACCUAUUCCCUCUUGAUGACUGGAUGCAAUACUACAAAAAUCAUAUCCAAACCUUAUGCUCCAGACGCAUACCCUAUCGGUGGUUUGAAAUUUUCAAGGCAGUAUAUUCAAGCAUUCUAUGAAGAUGUGGUUAACAGAUAUGAUUCCAAUUUAACUGCUAUCAAAAAAAUGUAUAUGAAUGUGCUGGGCCCGGCAGAAAUGGGGAGAAAGUUAUUACAUACACAGGGAAUAUGUUUGGAAGAAGAUAGAGCUAAUCAUAAAGACUCCUUAGUUAACUUGUUCCCUCAAGAACUAAUCUCAUCUUUCCUUCCCUAUCCAUCUGAAGAAAAGAAAGGAAAAGAAAAAGCAAAGGAGAUUAAAGAAGAAAUUAGACACGCUGUUGAUGAUAUGGGUAUUUGUCUAAUGUGGAUGAUUUAUUUUGCAACGGGUGGUCCUUACCGAUUCCCAGAUUUACAAAUUUUAAAAUACGCCGGUAAUGACAGAAACAUUUUCUUUGAUUCAACUGAACGCUGUAUUGAAAUAGACACAACAUACUCAAAGUCAAGAGUGUCUAAACGUUUGUGUAAAGUUUUGGAUCAACAUACGACAUUUCAUUUUGUUCGUCAUAUCUUAGUUUGUCGAUCGAUUCUUAACAAUAUAUUGGGUGACUUUUAUGCAAGGAAUGACGGAAAUUUAUUUGGCAGCCCAGGGAAAAUACCAUUAGCAGUACUUGAUAUUGAAAACUUUCAAGCCACCGAAGAUGAUACUCUUGUGAAUAAUGACAAUAAUGAUGAUGACGAUCCAAAGCAACUACUUAAUGACGAAGAAGAAGAUAAAUAUGAAGAUGAGGAAACCAUCACUCGAUUUAUUCAUGUUUUCAAUAAAGAAAAUAAUCUUAGUGAUUUGGAUUAUUCCCGUCUUGCAUUCUACAUCGUUUCUUAA